CGCGAGUGCAUCUCCGUCCACGUCGGCCAGGCCGGCGUCCAGAUGGGCAACACCUGCUGGGAGCUGUACUGCCUGGAGCACGGCAUCCAGCCCGACGGGCAGAUGCCCAGUGACAAAACCAUCGGCGGAGGGGACGACUCCUUCACCACCUUCUUCUGCGAGACCGGGGCUGGGAAGCAUGUCCCACGAGCCAUCUUUGUGGACCUGGAGCCCACCGUAAUCGAUGAGAUUCGGGGAGGUGUCUACCGCCAGCUCUUCCACCCUGAGCAGAUGAUCACAGGCAAGGAGGAUGCUGCCAACAACUAUGCCCGCGGGCACUACACCAUCGGCAAAGAGAUCAUCGACCAAGUGCUGGACAGGAUCCGGAAGCUGGCUGACCAGUGCACAGGCCUCCAGGGAUUCCUUGUGUUUCGCAGCUUUGGAGGGGGAACUGGCUCUGGCUUCACUUCCCUGUUGAUGGAGCGACUCUCU